CCACCUCGUUUCAUGGCAGCUCCGGGUGCUGUCCAGCAAAGCCCCAUCUUCAGUCUCACAUGGAUGGGGGGAGGCUGUGUGGUUUUUCUGUUUUACCCCUGUAGCCUCUUGCCUCUUCCAUGGAAGUAUAGGGGCUGAUUUUUUUCACCCUGAACUCAAUCCCCCCGCCCCCCCCAAAGCCAAUUUUUGGAUUCUCUCUCUGCCCCCAUUCUGGGUGGCUGUGGGGGAGGGGCUGUUGGUGGCAAUUCUGGCCUCAGCACUUAGACUGUCUGAAUGAGCAUGAGCUUCCCUCCUUGGUGCAAGUGUUAUGACACACCACCUUCCCUUCGUCUCUCUCUUUCUCUCUCUGCUGAGGGCUUGGGCAGCCAUGACGUCACCCCCACCCCAUCUGCAUCUUGUGGCGUCCUUUAAAUCCGAGGAUAUGGAUGUGAACAUGCAUUCUGAGCUCCAAGUGCUUGCUAGGAGGAAAAGUAGUCUGCCAGGUGUCCCACUCUGUGUCAUUGUCCUCUUCGUUCUGUGCCUCGUACCAAGGCUGAUCUGAGGCAAAGUUGGGCUCUGUAUGUAAGAACCUAUGUGGGGGGAACUCCUGUUUGUGUGUUUGGGCUGGCCGACAUGCUCUUAGGUCUGCGGUAAUGUGGUGAUCUGUGGUGUGGUGUCCUGCCUUUUGGUAACACAACUCGAUCCGGGUUAGCGAGUUACAGAUUUAAUUAGAUGUUAGCCUUUUGGUAACACAAACCGAUCUGGGUUAGCUAGUUACAUAGCUAGUUACAUUAACUUAAUGUAUUCCAAAAUGUGUGUGAAAGGGCAUCACUAUGUGCCUACAGUGCAGUUGCAUCUGUUGUCGUUUGUAUGUGUGUGCCCCGUAAUCUGCAGGAACAUGUCCAAGCAUGCACCCCAAACACUUGCACGUUACUACUUUUAGGGAUGGGAGGGUCUGUCCCUAAAUCACAAUGAUCUAUAAUCAAAGUUUUGUGAGCAGCCCUAUGUUUGUGGAUCAUGAAUUUGUUCUUCCCAUAGUUUUUUUGUGUGGUUUCCUGCCCCCCAUCUUUGGCUGGGCUUCUCUGGUCCACUUCUGUAUUGGGGACCCGGUGUUUGUCAACACCUUUAAGGAUCCGACAGCCAGGUCACUUGUUACUCGGGUGCCGUCACUGAAGCGCCCUUUUGCCAUGGCAGUGCUACCACGUUGUCUGUUUUUAUUUAUUUCACAUUGUCACGCAUUUAUCAGAGGAUGUAAAACUAAUUUCACCUGGUAGCCAUGGUGCAGUGUGGUUGUGGGGUUUAAUCCCCCUUUCUUUGUUUGUGUUCUAUUAUGGCAAAAGGAGGGUCUGCAUCUUUAUUGCUGUUGUGGAAACACCCUAAAAGAAAGUUCCGGCACUUUAAGCCACAGCCCUAUGAAACCCGGAUGGAGAGAUGUUCCAAAGUGGGAAAGCCGGCUUUUCAAGUGUUGACAUAGAGGCCAUUUCGACCUCGGGCUCUGAGCUUGUAGACUAUGCAUGAAUAUGUAUAUUACUGCUACUGAGAGGUUGUUCGGUCACUCUGAUUUAUUUCAUGGACAUAAUAGGAGAGUCAACUAUCACCUGUCGGUCUUUGAAUUCCUUAAAUUCUGGCCAGGUUAGACAUGUUGCCUCUCUUUGGGAGACACAUUUUAUAACGGCGCUUGCACAGAGGUGCUGCCAUGUUUAGGGGUUUGCAUUUUUCUCCAGCUUUAUGGCUGAAAUAUCUCCAUCUUUCACUUGGGCCUCCCCCUUUUACAAUGAGUUCAGGUGUUGCUGAAGUCACUGCCAUCUCUUCAAGUCUAACCUUAGGAAAAGUACACCAUUAUUUCUGCCAUUGCUCUAUGUUGUUUCAUGCAGCGUCAUACACACCACUAAGGCAAUGUCACCGCUGUCAACUGUGAGCUUAAAGAGACAGAUUCCUUUUAGCCAGAUCAGUUAUCCAUUUGCAUAAUAAAAGUGUUGAUUUUUUUUCAAAAUGCUGGUAUUGAACCAUUUUCAGAACUCUAGUUCCGUGGUUUUUUCAGUACCGGUUUACUGUUCAACCCUAGUCUCUGAGGACAGGAGGUUCUGCUAGGCACGGGAAUAAUGCAUUUUGGUGGUGUCUUUCACAAUGAUUUCUGCUGCACAUUAGGUUGUGUUGAAUUUGUGCCCCUAUAACCACAGUCAGUCUGUCACAUGACCCAACUCUGAAAGGUCAUUCUGUUACAGGUGUUUCUUUCUUGCCGCUUUCAGGUUUGUAUUGGCCAGGAUGGAACAGUGUGGCCUGUGCCCUGGAGGCGGCUGUGAGCCGUGACUCACGCGUUCUGACGCUCUGCACCUGACAAUGCAGUCAGUGAUGGCCUGUUUACCGACACUGCCACCUCAUAUCUCCAUGGUGGCUUUCCUCUGUUUCAGUGUAACAUGCUCUGCUGGUGAUGUGUCUCCGAUCAGCAUGUCCCCCAUCAGUCAGUCGCAGUUCAUCCCGCUGGGCGAGAUCCUGUGCCUGGCCAUCUCAGCCAUGAAUGCAACACGCAAGCCGGUCACGCAGGAUGCUCUCAUGGAGCACCUGGCCACCUGCUUCCCAGGUGUCCCGACUCCGAGCCCGGAGAUCCUCCGGCACACGCUGAACAUGCUGGUGCGGGAGAGGAAGAUCUACCCAACCCCGGAGGGGUACUUUAUUGUGACGCCGCAGACGUAUUUCAUAACGCCCUCCCUCAUCAGGACUAACAGCAAGUGGUACCACCUGGAUGAGCGGAUCCCCGAGCGGCCACAGCAGCAGUGCACCUCGCCACAGUCAGGAACCAUCACACCAUCAACAUCGGGCUGCGUCCGGGAACGGCCGCACUCCAAAAACCACUGCGACUCAUACAACUCGUACCGCGAUGACCUGCACAGCCUGCAUGCCUCGACCAUCCAGAGGAAGUCGCCCAAGGAGCCCAAGGAGUCAUACCCGACGCCGCCACCACCUGCGCAGCCUCCGGCCCCACACCCGGCCCCGCACCCUGCCCCUGCCACAGAGAAGAGCAAGAGUAGCCUCAAUGUGUCAUACAAGACGGACACCCUGACGAAGCGGAAGGAGGGGGGAGGGGGCGGCAGCGGGGGUGGAGGCGGUGGCAGCGAGAAGCAGUCAAAGAAGUUUGGCCUGAAGCUCUUUAGAUUGAGUUUCAAGAAGGACAAGACGAAACACCUGGCCACGUUUUCAGCCCAGUUUCCCCCAGAGGAGUGGCCGCUCCGUGACGAGGACACGCCCACAGCCAUCCCACGCGAUGUGGAGAUGGAGAUAAUCCGGCGUAUCAACCCGGACCUGACGGUGGGCAAUGUGAUGCGGCACACAGCGGUGAUGAAGCGCCUGGAGGAGGAGCGUGCCCAGAGGAGUAAGGCAAACUCGUCGGCACAGCAGAGUGCGCGCAGUCGGCGGAGCCGGGCUCACCGCAAGGCGCAUGGCAAGACCCGCUCACACAGCAAGACGCGUGCGUCUCGGGGCGACCCAUCUGAGGGCUCCAACCUGGACCUGGCGGGCGAGCGGGACUACCGGCUUUACAGCUCAUCGCUCGUACGCUCGCCACGGGAGGGCACGUUCUCGGUGGAGCGCGGCCGUGGCAACUGCCUGGUGCACAGCAACCCCAACAUCGUGGAGUCACAUUUCCCUGUCACACCCGAGUGGGACGUCUCCGGGGAGCUGGCCAAGCGACGGACAGAGAUGCCCUUCCCUGAGCCAUCAAGGGGCACGUCGCACUCCAAGGUGCACCGGAGCCACAGCCACACGCAGGAUAGAAAGUCACGCAACGAGCGCUCUGACAAGGCCAAGGAGCGGUCGCGCUCUAUGGACAAUUCCAAGGGCCCCCUGGGUGCUGCCUCAGUGGGCGCAACCGACGACUUUGACCGCACCACUGAUGACCGGAGCCGAUACUACACGGACGAUGGCACCCUGCGGGCCUCGCAGACCACGCCGCACUACUCCCGGAUGGUGCUGUCGGGCACCAAGUUCGGCUCUGAGAUGUGUGUGCCCGACUUAGGCAAGGGUGGCCCUGAGGACCCGAGGCCAUGUGGCCCGUCGGAGAAGAGCAAGAGCAGGGAUGCAGUGUCAGCAUAUGGAGACCCAAAAGCGUGCUCGCCGAAAGCCCUUGUUGUUGCCGCCAUUGCCGCGGACGAUUAUUUCCAGUGCAAUACGUCCAACGAGACUGUGCUCACAGCACCAUCCCCCCUAGGCAAGCCUGAGCGCGAGACGCCGACGUCCUCGGAUGCCGUGCGUAAGAGCUCGCCUUGUGAGCGGCAGACGCCGCAUCCCCUGGAGUACAAGGAGGACGCCACUGCCAAGGCGCAAAAUGGCGGAGGGGCACCGGCGCCGAGCCAAACGCCGGAGGCCAAUGUGGACAAGAGGAAGGAGAUAUUCAGUAAGGACACCCUGUUCAAGCCCCCGCAUGGCACGCCAGCGGCAGCCUAUACGGAGGGCGGCCACUCGAGGCCGGGCACGCUGCGCAAGUCUCCGCAUGCCAAGCCAUCGGAGGUCCCCGACUGCUCGGACCCACAGGCGGCCUCCACAGGAGUGCCAGUGCCACCAGGCCAGGAGCAGCCUCCUGGCGCCGAGGCGACAUUCGACUACUAUAACGUGUCAGACGACGACGACUCCGAGGAGGCAGCGCGCAAGGCAUCGGCAGAGGACGGGAAGGCACGUGAGGGCGGCGGCACCAUGCAGUGGCUGUUGGAGCGUGAGAAAGAGCGAGACCUGCAGCGCAAAUUUGAGAGCAACCUGAGUCUCCUGAGCCCCCGGGAGACGGAGAUGGGCGGCAGCCAGAAAUCGGCCCACUCGGCGCGGCUCGACAGCAUGGACAGCAGCAGUGUCACUGUGGACAGCGGUUUUAACUCCCCACGCACCCGGGAAAGCCUGGCAUCCAACACCUCCAGCAUCGUGGAGAGUAACCGGCGGCAGAAUCCAGCGCUGAGCCCCGGUCACAUGGGUACUGUGGCAGCUGGCCUACCGCCCUUCACCUUCCGCGCCAUCCCGGAGCCACCUGGCACGCAGCCGGAGAAACUGCAGAAGUCGCCCAACUGUCUGGCCUCCAUCACGAGCGUUUGACAGGUGGUGGGAGUCCACGCCCUCCGGAGACCGAGCAAUGCCCCAGGCCACGCCUCUAGCCACUCCCCCAGCAACAACCCCGGAAACGGUUCCAUCGCUCCCCCGCUCAUAAGACUCAAGUAAAACCAGUGAAAUGGAUUAGUUUCUAUUAGAACGUUUUCCCCCAGAAAUUUUGGACCACGGUAAUAGAGGAGGGAUGUCCAUCACGUGAGCCGUCACUUUCAAUCAAAAAUUAGAAUUUUCACUUUAUUUUUAGCGAUUUGUUUCUCUAGUUUUUGUUUUUUACUCUUAGUCAGGUAAGAAAACAAUCUCCCUAAAAUAUGGAAUAUCUGUUGGGUGAGGUAUCACAGCUGAUGUGUUUUAAGUUUGUAAUUUUUCUCUUUUUUUUGUGAACGCACAAGGGAAGCCUGAGGAAAUUGCAACAAUGUGGUUUCUAUAGUCUGUAUCACAUAGCAAGAAGGAGUUUUCGCAUGGAUGUCUCACUUGAUCUGCCCCUGACAGAAUCAUCUGGCAUCGUCCCAAAGCGACACCAUAAAGUCUGGCUUUUUUUUAUCCUUGCGUCCGUCCUGCUAGUGUGAGCUGAUCGGAGUCAAGCGUAGUGAAGAAUGUAGUGUUCUGGGUCUCCUUUGGAGGCCGUUCACCUCUCUGGAUGGGGGCACCCUGUGAUUUCAGGCCAUAUUUCAAGCAUCCCUGCCGUACCAAGAACGGCCCCUUAGUGGAGGUCGUGGGGGUCUUACGGUUAAUCAUGGCAUAGGGUGUCUUGCCUGGGUCCCACUCUCUCAUGUGGCUGGGAACGCUUGAUUGAAACUGCUCGGGAUAAUUUGCACAUUAACCGUGCUGGGAGGUUUGUUUGGGAAGCUGGUUGUUUUCCUCCCUUUUAUUUGUGGUUUGUCAUUUAAGGGCAUCACCGUAUAACCCAGCCAGUUUACUGGUUACAGACCAGUCAGGCAACUGGUGCCAGUGCCCCGCCCCCCAGUCAAGGGGUUGUGUCUGUGUUGACGCAGUCUAGGUUUCGUCACAAACGUGUAACCGACACAUUUCCAUGAACUUUAUUUGGAUGAAAUGCUCUCAUCCAAAGUGAUGUACGAGCAGGGCUGGACUGGCUGUCUGGUGUACUGGGCGUUUUCCCAGUGGGUGGGAGGUUUGUGGACCAGCCAGUUUUUCAUAGGGGACUCCAAAGUUCUGGGCCGAUUUUUAUUGCCAGUGCAGUCUUGCAUACGAGUCAAGAAAAUAGCACAUAACAAGCAUACAGUCGUCAGCAUUGAUGACACGCAUGCUCGGCCGCCUUGGGAUCAAUGUCCUGUCUUAGUGGUAAAAAUCCAUGUCGCUGCCUCGGUCACCAACUCACCCUAGAUCAGUUUGGAAGGUUCCUGUUUUUUUGUGACUGUUCUUCACACGUUUGCAGCUAUGAUAGCCUCAGGGAUCUGUCCCGGAAUUGAGUUGAAAGCGUUGGGGGUGCACGCAUCCUUCUUAGAUUUCAGUUUCUACCAGUCGUCUCUGGCUAGGCCUGAGUGUCUAUCGAUGACCCUGAUGCGAAAGGUGUGUGUGUUGUUUUCUCUGUACCGAAUGUGAGCAUCAGUCUACUUUGGUUCUAGAGAAGCUGUGGAAUUCUACCCUGACGAUACUUUAUUUUUUAACUGGUUCAUGAGUGCCAAUGAAAUGCAAGGAAAGCACAAGAAAAGGGUGUGACGAUUCAACGAGUUUGUGAGAAGUAGUGAAGUCGAAUGAGGUUCAAGGAGUACAGCCUUGGUCGUUCACAUGAUACGAUGGGGUGAAAGUGGCGGGCGCGUGACGGCACACGUGUGUUCUCCAGAGGGGCCUCCGAGUGAGCUGCGGAGAGGAGCCCGUGUGGGCUUCAUCUUUGUUUUGUCCGCCUCCACUUUGUUGGGACUCAUUAAUGACCUGUCUUUUUGACGACGUGAAAAAUGCAAAGAACCGAAGGCCCGAGGACGCCUACGCCAUGGCAUCGCAGGUUCCUUCUUUAUUUUUGUCUGCAUUGUUUUUUUUUGGAAUCUUUUUUUUUCUUUUUUUUGCUGUUUUUUCCUUUGGAAAUAUAAGGGGAGAAUCGCAGAUAGGACUGCCUCAACUAAACACGUUUGCACUGAAAAGUCCGGUCGGCGGUGACCCACUCGUCCUUCAGGAAGGAUGGCCUGUGAAUAUGUAAAAUGUUUCAUAUGAAAUGAUGGCGGUCCAUGAAAUGUCUUCCCUCAACAUAAUCGAUUUCUAACAGCGUCCAAUAACAUUGUUUUUAAUUGUGAAUGUGUACCAUAUUGUAAAUGCUGUCGCUGGGUCAUGCUUAGUAUAAUAACUGCCGAGGGAAUGGGGGAUUUCUUUUGUAAUGUCUAUAAUAUUUGAAGGUCCCUAUUUGUGUAGUAGUGCUGGUCCCUGUUCUCGUAGUGUAUGUGACAAGCCCACUGGGGAUGGUGUCAUUUACUUUUUAAGACAAUAAAAUGACAUGUUUGGUUA